AUGUUCUCCGAAUCCAACGAACGACUCAUCAAGCGACGGCAUGAGAGCGGCAAAAGCGACAAGGCAUCCCCCAAAAGAAUUCGAGUGCCUGAGGGCCAAGAGCAGGCCGAGAAGCUGAGGGGAGACGUGGAGGCUCAGCACGGCGGAGCCAACGCCAGCGGGGCACAGCACGACCGACCAGCGCAUGGGCAGGACGGCGGCUUCCUGGCCACGUCGCCCUUUGGUCAGUUCUGCGACCACGCGGCGGGCGUCCUGCUGGGCAACUCGCGUAGCGUCACCUUCAUCAUGGCCCUUAUCAACUCGACCAUCCAGAUCCUCAUCUACGUCUUCAGCUUGAGUACCAUCAUCAACAACUACGAUCCCGAGCUGCACAAGAACAACUACCCACAGGUUGGCUUGCGCCUCUUCAUGCUCGAGUACAACUACCUGAUGCACCACCUGGGCUACUUCAACUACAUGGUCUUCCACUGCCUGUUCACCGGGGUCAUGAGCUGGGCGGUGCUGCACCUGUGCCUUUACAUCUGCCGCUCCUUCUUCCGACUCUGCACAAACGCGCUGCUCAGUUCACCAGAAGUCCCUGUGGUGAAGGGCUGCGGACGAUACCCCAUCAGCCUCUGCGUCUCGGUGUUCGUCCUGGCGGUGGUGGAGAUCAUACUGCUGGCGCUCUACGUGCUCGAAUGCCGCCUCCUCGUCGACAUGUCCGUGCACCUCAUCGAUCUCGACCUCGUCGAGAUCUUGGGCAUCAAGCAGGUCUUGGAGCGACAGCGAGAGCUCGGGGCGGGACUCGAUCCCGAGCACUGGCCCUACAUCAAGCUCGUGGUGGCCCUGCUCCUCCUCGGUCAGGCCGCGUGCUUCUUCUUGGCGCGCCUGAUCUUGCGCAAGCUGACGAGGCAGAAGCUCCGCAAGUUCUUCCUCUGCGUGGGCCUGGUCAUUAUGGUCACCGGUCUGCUGGUCGUCUUCCAGACCGCCUUCAUCUACGAGGACGUCGAACACUACCGCGGCCAGCUGCCCUUCAACUACAUUGACCCCAACCCCAUCGACAGGUUGAUCCCGAUCAUUCCGCGAACGAACACGGCCGUCCCGCCGGUCCCGGGCGCUGGCUACCCGUUGAUGGGCGAGGAGCUGGCCGCAACGGUGCGGCGCAAAAAGAACGUGAUCAUCAUAAGACAACAAGUGCAUAUCGCCCCAGGUUCGGGCCACGUGUCCGAGAUGGGCCAGUUCGCGCUCAUCUACGGCCUCCACGCCUACCACUACCACUCGUUCGCCGUCGGACACAUCCCCUCCUAUGCGUACAAGGUCCUCAAGCAGAACGGUUACGUGAUUGGUGGCGCUGUGGCGACGUCGGCAUGGAACUAUCCCAACAGGAACCUCUACAACAACUUUGAUGAAUUCGACAGCAUGAACGACAACUACGCCAUGCUCGAGAAGGCCCAGGAAUUCAUCGAUCGAAGGAAGGAGGACAAGAAGCCGUUCCUGUUCUUCAUGCACGUGCACAAGCGGCCCGUGCCCGACCCACUGCCCGCCGACUACCACCAACGCGAUCCGGAGGGCGACACGCGCGAGUUCUCCAACCGCAUCAUCCGCCAGAAGGACGAGGACCGCCACCGCGCGCUGGAGAUGCUGCGAGCGGCCGGCAUGGUCGACGGAAAGAGCAUCGUCUUCUUCAUCUCCGACCACGGCAACAUGGAGGGCGAGCACGGUGAGAAGGGGCACGGCCAGCGCGAGAGCUCCUGGUGGAACGAGAAGGCCCUCCUCCCCAGCUUCAUCUGCCUGCCCGGUGAGGACAUGGGCCAGUACCAGCGACCAGCCCUCGGGUCCCACGUCGACUAUGUGCCCACGUUCAUGGACUACCUGGAUCUCAACCCGCCGAUCGACCCCAAGGCCUACAGCAACGGCAAGUCUCUCCUCAUCAAGAAGGACCAGCCGGACUGGACGGCCGACCGGAUGGUCGCGUUCUCGGCGCGGUACUUCCCGGAGAAGAACAAGGUCAACGCGGUCGGCACGACGGAGUUCAAGUUCUGGUUCCGAGUCGCGCGGUUCGACCCCGCGACCAGGCACAUGGAGUUCGUGCCGAUCAAGGCCACGCGGUGGGACGACGAGAGCCUGUGCUUGCCGCCGGAGCUGCGCGCCGAGUGGGCCCGCGUGUUGCAGGACGUCGCCGCCGGCCGAGAGAUCGCCGAGGGCCGGUGCAAGAUGAAGCAGUUCUACGCCCUCAGCGAGAACUACCGCCGGGAGAUGUUCCACUUCUUGGACGUCGACCAGGCCGCCUACGAAUAA